AUGUGUCACAAGGAGCCAUCAGCUGUUGUCCAUUUUGAGACUAUGCCUGCAUAUCAAGGGGAUGACUUGGUGGGUGAUAUUCGGGUACUGCAUCGUGUGUUCUGGAGUUAUUACCCUUGCAUUAGGGCAUUCAGACAUUGUAAACCAAUUGUCCAGGUGGAUGGUACUCACUUGUACGGAAAGUAUAAGGGUUGUCUGCUUGUGGCAGUUUCCCAGGAUGAAAACAACAAUAUCGUUCCGAUUGCGUUUGCUAUUGUUGAGGGAGAGACUUCUGAUGCAUGGCAUUUUUUCCUCAGUAACCUCCGCCAACAUGUUGUUACUCGGGAUGGAGUGGGUCUAAUAUCUGACAGGCACGAGUCCAUCAAUGCAGCUGUCGAACGAAGUAACGGAGCUUGGUCACCUCCUAGAGCUUUUCAUAUGUUUUGCAUCAGGCAUAUAGAGUCGAAUUUUCUCAGAAAAUUCAAGGCACCUUACCUACAAAAAUUGGUCGUCAACAUCGGAUAUUCGAGGACGGUGCGGGAGUACGAAGUGCGUUACAAGCGUUUAAGGGACCGCGGCGAGGCAUACACGAACUGGUUAGACCGAAUUCCUCGCGAACAGUACGCACUGGCCUUUGAUGGCGGGUACCGAUGGGGUCACAUGACGACGAAUCUAGUGGAGUGCAUCAACUCAGUAUUGAAGGGUGCCCGCAAUCUUCCCAUUACUGCUCUUGUGAAGGCAACAUUCUACAGACUAAAUGAGUUGUUCACCCGUAAAAGAGCUGAUGCGGAAGCCCGGAUCAAUGCUGGCCAUGUGUUUUCUGAGAUAGUGACAUCGAAGUUGCAUGCAAACCAACUUGCAUCAGGAAACAUACAGGUUAGUUGCUUUGACCGCCAGAAUGAGGUCUUUGAGGUUCGUGAGAUGCCAAGUGGGCUAGAGUUUGCUGUUGAUCUACGUAGCCUUCGAUGUGACUGUGGUGAGUUUCAAGUGGACCGAAUCCCUUGUCGACAUGUAUUUGCAUGUUGUGCCAACCAGCGACUUGAUUGGCGACUUUAUGUUCAUGAUGUGUAUAAGAUGGAGCAAGUGCGGCGGGUGUACCGAGCACGGUUUAGGCCACUGGGUAAUCCCACUACAUGGCCUGCUUACAACGGACCUCGGUUCAUACCGAAUCCAUACAUGCGACGGGUGUCAAAAGGUCGGCCCAGGAUGACGCGUUUUCUGAAUGAGAUGGAUACGAGGAUGUUACGUCGUCCUAGGCGAUGUACUCUAUGUGGUGCUGAGGGACAUAGUCGAAGCAGAUGCCGUCAGUCUGUUGGUUCAAGUACCAACAGAGAAGCCUCCUAG